AUAUAUAUAUAUAUAUAUAUAUAUAUCUUUUAACCUUCUUGUGGUUGGGGAUGGAAAGUUGAAACUGUCAGGCAAAUAGCCACCAUCCAGCAGAAAUGCUUCUGAAUGUUCUUGUGAAAGCUAGCUUUGAUUUGACAGUUAAGAGUCUUUGAAAAUAGCACUCUGUUUAUACAGUACGGUAAAUACUUUGAAGUACGGUAAGCUUUGCUGUACGUGCGUGGCUAACUAGAAGAAUAUUAAACAUGUACAUCUUCUGUUGGGUGAGGGAGGAUCCUGCAGCAAUUGGAAUUGCAGGCUCUUCAUACUUUUAUAAGAUUGUGUCAAAGCAGUAGAUUUGAUAAUAGACCUGAUUAUACAGUUGCUUAAUUUCUUGUCAAAAUAACACUUUUACAUGCAAUGUUUUGAGAUCUUUUAGGUGACCUCAUGUUAUUUAUCAAAUGUCAGUUUUUCAUCCCAACAGCUUUGAUAUAAUCAUGUAGCAUCGUGGAGCACUGUGUACAUGCAGUCUUUGCUGGCUGGAGUUCUUUGAAGUGCCUUACUCCUGAGAAGAGUCAUUGCUUUGUUGAAGAUCCUACAUUCAAGGACUAGGAAACCAGUGUACAGAAGCACUGCGCUGCGUUGCUAAAGGUCGUGCUAGAUUUAACAUGCCUAACGUGGGCCUAAAAGGAAAGAAAUGAGAGGUUCAGUGCACCAGGAAUGCAUACCCCUUGACACGCAUCUUACCCAGUGGUAAGCUGCGUGGGGUAUAGUAGUAAUUCUUCAGCUCUGCUCCUGUGGGAAUGCCUGGUUUGCAGUGCUGAGCUCCCCAGGUGCCAGCGCCUGGUGCUGUAAAGCAGCAGGAGGGCUCGUGUGAGGGAGAAGAGCAGCAGGAUGGCUGGUGGUGACAGUCCUGAGCAAAAACUGGUCUCGGAGGCAGUGCUGGAAGGUAGCAAUGCUUGGGAGAGCCUGGAAAACCUGAUCGUUUGGAAUGAGGGAGAGAGAGAGAGAGCAGACACCCGUUAAGGUGAAGGUUAACAUGAAGGGAGGUGCGUGGGCCACCCUCAGCAAUUCUGGGAGGUGUCGUAUGUGAUGUCCCCUUACAGCAUAUUGGGGAAUUACUGCUUGCUGUAGCACUGGGUUUUCCUCUGUGGAGGUCUGUCCUGUACUGACCCAUUCCAGCCCCAUUUAGAUUAUGAAAAUUGACAAGAUUGCAGCCUGAGGAAUUAUGCCUGCGGACUCUUUCUUAUCUUUCAUUCUGGAAGCCUAGUGAAAGGAUGCUGAAAUGAAAAGAAAAAGAGCGCUUUUUUUUUUUUUGUGCAGAACUGAUAUGUGGCUUAUUUAUCCCAAACCUUCUGCUUAAACAGUGUGGUGUUACUACAUGUUGAAGAACAAACUGGUGUCUCUUCAGUCCUGUCUUCCCAUCCAUUAUUUCUACAUUGUUUUCUUCUUUUUUUUUUUUUUUUUUCCCCCCUUCUCCCUCUCCACAGAUUAGUUUCUGAAGAAUGGAAUGCUGGCAAGCUUGGUACAGGUGUCUCUUACCUAUGGUUGUUCAUGCUGAUGUCCCUAUUUAAAUUUUAGAAACAAUAAACCCGGAGAAGUAAGGGAGAUCACCUCUGGUUCCGAACACAUUGCCUACUUCCUGAAAAGCAGAUGAAGUUUUGACAGAAGGCAAAGCUAUGAAAGCACCCUGCGGAAAGCUCUGACGUUAUCCACCGGACUCCUGCAUGUGAUGCUGGGGCUGUUAACUGCUAACAUGAUGUAGUGAUCUUUCCUUGCGAGACGAGUGGUUUGCAACUCAUGGCCUCCACAAUGAGUACUGCCGUGUCGUGACACCAGGGGUCUUGCAGUGUGCCCUGGAGAUGCGAGACUUCCCCUGGGCAGCAGGAGGCACGCGUCUAGAGAAUGCUGGAGCUGCAGGAGGGAAGCACCCAGUGCAAAACCAGCGAGGAGCAAAGAGAAAAAAGGCAAGCGGGCAGCCAGCAUUGAGAGAAGCGGGUGGCAGAAAGGGCUUCGACGCUGCCUCUGGCGGCACGCUCUCCAGAGGAACUUGACGAGAGCCCAUCUGCGUGCGUGUGGGACUGUGAGCUCAGGAUUUCUGUCAAUGCAUUCCAGUAACCCCAAAGUGAGGAACUCCCCGUCAGGCAACACACAGAGUAGCCCCAAAUCAAAGCAGGAGGUGAUGGUCCGUCCCCCUACAGUGAUGUCCCCGUCUGGCAACCCCCAGCUGGAUUCCAAAUUUUCCAACCAGGGCAAACAAGGGGGCUCCACCAGCCAAUCCCAGCCCUCUCCCUGUGACCCCAAAAGUGGAGGUCACCCCCCCAAAGUGCUCCCUGGCCCAGGUGGGAGCAUGGGGCUGAAGAACGGGGCUGGAAAUGGUGCCAAGGGGAAGGGGAAGAGAGAGAGGAGCAUUUCGGCAGACUCUUUUGAGCAGAGGGAAGCUGGGACUCCUAAUGACGACCCUGAAAUCAAAGACUGCAAUUCUGCUGAUCAUGUGAAGUCCCAGGAGUCUCAGCACACAACACACUCCAUGACUCCUUCAAGUGCUUCAGCCCCAAGGUCUUCCACACCUUCCCAUGGCCUGUCUGCCGCUUUGGAGCCAGCAAGUGGGCAGAAGACUCCAUCCAAAGUGGUUUACGUCUUUUCUACUGAGAUGGCCAACAAGGCUGCAGAAGCUGUGCUGAAGGGACAGGUGGAAACCAUCGUGUCCUUUCAUAUCCAGAACAUCUCAAACAGCAAGGCAGAACGAAACACUGUACCCUUGAACCCCCAGAUCACUGCACUUCGGACUGAACCCAAGCCCCUGCCGCAGCCCCAGCCCCCCGCUGCCCAGGACCAGAACCCUUCCCAGAACGCCAAAAUGCAGCCGACUCCACCCGUGUCAGCGCCGGUUUCCAAAUCCACUGGCCCCCCGUGUCCCAUAGAUCAGGACAGUCCCAGUGUGGAAAGCAAAGUGAUGUCUGUGGGCAGCCCUGCCAACUCUACCCCGUUGCAGACAGAAGGAUUUGGGCAGAGUUCAACCCCAAAUAAUCGAGCAGUUAGCCCAGUUUCCCAAGGUAGCAAUAGCUCCGCUGCAGACCCCAAAGGUCCUCCCCAGCAGGUGUCUGGUGGGGACCCAUCCAGUUUGGGCGAGAAUCCAGAUGGACUGUCACAGGAGCAGCUGGAGCAUCGAGAGCGCUCGUUGCAGACCCUGAGAGACAUACAGCGCAUGCUCUUCCCUGAUGAGAAGGAGUUUGCGGGAGGGCAAAGUGGGGGGCCACCCCCAAAUGCUGGGGUGCUGGAUGGUCCCCAAAAGAAACCUGAAGGGCCGAUACAGGCCAUGAUGGCUCAAUCCCAAAGUUUAGGCAAAGGGUCAGGGUCUCGGACAGAUGGAGGGGCUCCGUUUGGCCCUCAAGGACACAGGGACAUGCCUUUUUCCCCAGACGAAAUGGGGCCACCACCAAUGAACUCCCAGUCAGGACCCAUAGGCCCAGACCACCUGGACCACAUGACUCCUGAGCAGGUGGCCUGGCUCAAGCUGCAGCAGGAGUUUUACGAGGAGAAGAGAAGAAAGCAAGAGCAGGUGGUUGUGCAGCAGUGUUCCCUGCAGGACAUGAUGGUCCAUCAGCAUGGGCCCCGUGGGGUAGUCCGAGGCCCUCCUCCUCCCUACCAGAUGACCCCUGGGGAGGGCUGGGGACCUGGGGGUCCAGAGCCCUUCCCUGAAGGCAUGAACAUGUCGCACUCUCUGCCCCCCAGGGGCAUGGCCCCUCAUCCCAACGUGCCCGGGAGCCAGAUGCGCCUGCCUGGUUUUGCAGGAAUGAUGAACCCUGACAUGGAGGGCCCCAGUGUCCCGAAUCCCGCCUCCCGGCCUGGGCUUUCGGGAGUUAGUUGGCCAGAUGAUGUGCCAAAAAUCCCAGAUGGCCGAAACUUCCCUCCCGGCCAGGGCGUCUUCAGCGGCCCUGGCCGAGGGGAGCGGUUCCCCAAUCCGCAGGGCCUGCCCGAAGAGCUCUACCAGCAGCAGCUGGCUGAGAAACAGAUGGGCCUCCCUCCUGGCCUGAACAUGGAAGGCAUCAGGCCUGGCAUGGAGAUAAACAGAAUGAUGCCCUCCCAGAGACACAUGGAGCCUGGGAACAACCCCAUCUUCCCUCGCAUGCCAGUGGAAGGGCCAAUGAGCCCCUCCAGGGGGGACUUCCCAAAAGGAAUACCCCCACAAAUGGCCUCUAGCAGGGAGCUGGAGUUCGGGAUGGGCCCUGGCAGCAUGAAGGGGGACAUGGGCAUGAAUGUCAGCAUGGGCACCAACCCACCCCUGGUCCCUCAGAAGCUGAGGGAGGCAGGAGUCGGGCCGGAAGAGAUGAUGAAACUGCGGCCCGGCGUCUCGGAGAUGCUCUCCUCUCAGCAGAAAAUGGUGCCGCUGCCGUUUGGGGAGCACCCGCAGCAGGAGUAUGGCAUGGGUCCCAGGCCUUUCCUUCCCAUGUCUCAGGGCCCAGGAGUCGGUCUCCGAAAUCUCAGAGAACAGAUUGGGUCUGACCAAAGGACUAACAACCGGCUCAGCCACAUGCCGCCACUACCUCUCAAUCCCGCCAGUAACCCUAAUAGCCUCAACACUGCUCCCCCUGCGCAGCGCAGCCUCGGCCGCAAGCCCUUGGACAUCUCUGCAGCCGGUCAGGUGCAUUCGCCAGGAAUCAACCCCCUGAAGUCCCCCACGAUGCGCCAGGUCCAGUCUCCCAUGAUGGGGUCUCCCUCGGGGAACCUCAAGUCCCCUCAGACGCCCUCCCAGCUGGCAGGAAUGCUUGCGGGCCCCACUGCCGCAGCUGCCGCUGCCUCCAUUAAGUCCCCCCCUGUCUUGGGGUCUGCUGCUGCUUCUCCUGUCCACCUCAAGUCUCCGUCUCUCCCUGCACCUUCUCCCGGAUGGACUUCAUCUCCAAAGCCUCCUUUGCAGAGCCCUGGGAUUCCCCCGAACCACAAGGCAUCUCUCACCAUGUCUUCUCCAGCCAUGCUGGGGAACGUAGAGUCGGGUGGUCCACCUCCUUCCACAGUCAGCCAGUCUGCUCCUGUGACUCUCCCUGGAAAUCUUCCCUCUAGCAGUCCUUACACAAUGCCUCCAGAGCCGACCCUCUCCCAGAAUCCCCUCUCCAUUAUGAUGUCCAGGAUGUCCAAAUUUGCCAUGCCCAGCUCUACACCGCUCUAUCAUGAUGCCAUCAAAACUGUGGCCAGCUCGGACGAUGACUCCCCUCCAGCGCGCUCCCCAAACUUGCCACCUAUGAACAGCGUACCAGGAAUGGGCAUUAAUUCUCAGAAUCCUCGAAUUUCAGGUCCAAACCCAGUGGGUCCAAUGCCAACUCUUAGCCCAAUGGGAAUGACCCAGCCUCUUUCCCAUAACAACCAGAUGCCCUCUCCAAAUGCUAUGGGACCCAAUAUACCUCCUCACGGGGUCCCCGUGGGACCCGGCCUGAUGUCACACAACCCGAUGAUGGGGCACGGUUCCCAGGAGUCUCCAAUGGUACCUCAAGGACGCCUGGGCUUCCCACAGGGGUUCCCUCCCGUACAGUCCCCUCCACAGCAGGUGCCAUUUCCACACAACGGGCCCAGCGGUGGACAAGGCAACUUCCCAGCGGGAAUGGGCUUCCACGGAGAAGGACCCCUGGGGCGUCCUACCAACCUGCCCCAAAGUUCGACAGAUCCAGCACUUUGCAAGACUGGAGGCCCUGGCGGUCCAGACUCCUUCACUGUUCUUGGAAACAAUAUGCCUUCGGUUUUCACUGAUCCAGAGCUGCAGGAGGUGAUCCGUCCUGGAGCCACGGGAAUACCCGAGUUCGACCUGUCCCGGAUUAUCCCGUCGGAGAAGCCUAGCCAGACACUACAGUAUUUCCCUCGUGGGGAGGUGCCAGGCCGCAAGCAGCCGCAGGGUCCUGGGCCGGGGUUCUCCCACAUGCAGGGGAUGAUAGGAGAGCAGACCCCGAGGAUGGGACUAACGUUGCCUGGCAUGGGGGGCCCCGGGCCGGUGGGAACUCCGGAUAUCCCUCUCGGGACGGCUCCGGCCAUGCCCGGCCAUAACCCGAUGAGACCGCCUGCCUUCCUGCAGCAAGGCAUGAUGGGGCCGCACCACCGCAUGAUGUCACCAGCACAAACGGCGAUGCCUGGCCAGCCCGCGCUAAUGAGCAACCCCGUGGCCGCCGUGGGCAUGAUCCCAGGCAAGGACCGAGCCCCCGCGGGGCUGUACAGCCACCCGGGCCCCGUAGGGUCACCGGGCAUGAUGAUGUCAAUGCAGGGCAUGAUGGGACCCCAACAAAACAUCAUGAUUCCCCCCCAGAUGAGGCCCCGAGGUAUGGCUGCUGACGUUGGCAUGGGAGGAUUUAGCCAAGGCCCUGGAAACCCAGGGAACAUGAUGUUUUAAGCUGCUACCGUAAGACUGGAUGUUCUGAUCCUUGUCAAGAUGAGAUUCCAAGUCCUGAGGGCUUUUUCGGGAGCUUCAGGAGUACCGUUUGGCCAUGCAAUAGGUGAAAAGAGACCAGAGGAUGCUUUGGGAAAUCUCGAAUGUAUGGAAUUACCUGAAAAAAAAAAAAAAAAAAAAAAUUAUUCAUUUUAACAGGUUGGUUUUUUUUUAAGAUUUAUUUUUUAAAAAUUAUUUUUGUGGACUUGGGUAUCCCGUGACGGCACCUGCUUUGAGAAUCUGUAGCUGUAUUUUGAGAAUUGCCAUUUGUCACAAGUUGCACCAUUCUCUGUAUGUUUACGUCCUUCGGACUGGCUUCUCCCAGGACUCUCGGUUAUUUUUGGGGUUUUUUGUGUACUGUACUAUAUUGUAAAAGGGAUUUUAGCAGAGACUUUAGUCUUUGGGGUGAGAGGAGAAUGGGAUUCUAGGCUGUUUACUUUAGGUGGAGAAUCCAUCUUCAGAACUUCGGACUAUUUUCCUUCAACUCCAAUGUAUAGAAAAACCAAACUACGACCUCAGAGCAGAGUAUUAAUGAAAAGCACAAAAAGGAACUUAAGUUCGGUGAGGGGAAUCUUUUAAAAGAAAUAAAUAAUAAGUUAAGGACAUAUUUUUCAAAUUAUGGCGUGCUGUCCAGCACCUUCUGUCUCUCCCUCCCACUCUUUAUUAAAUAGGCUUCUCUCUCUCUCUCUCCGUCCCCCUUCUGUCUCCUCCUAUGGCAGCUGCAAUACAUUGUGUUAUUUUGGGGAGUAAAUCUAGGAGAGCCUCUCCUCAUGUGGGGACUCUUCCCACUUUUAGGAAGGGGCUGGACUUGGACACUGUUACAUCCUACAGUAGUCUCUCUCACUGUUUCCUAUUCUCCUUUUCUUAGAAACCCCAAGUGAUUUUAUUAAUGUGGGAGUGGAACAGACACUAAAAGUUAUCCAGGAUUUUUUUUGUGGUUAUUUUUUUUUUUUUUCCUCCCCAGCGUAAAACGUUCUGUGUAACCUCCAUUAAAUUUGGUACAAAACCACUCGCCAGGGCUGUGGUGUCAGAAAAAUAAAAUAUAUUGUUUCUUACAAAAA